CUGGUGGGGGCGGGGCGGCCGCGCAGCGUGUGACGCCGCCGCCGCCGCCGCCGAGCCGGGGAUUAAUGGGAAAAGUUUUGGCAGCAGCCGGAGGAGCCUGCGGAGCCUGCGGGACGGCGGCGGCGGCUCCCGAGCCCGCCGGAACAGGGUGGUGCGGUGUUGGGGGCAUGUACCGGGCACUCUCGCGGCGGCUCCUGCACACCCACAGAUGAGGACAGGCCACCCGAGAGGCUAACAGGAGCUGCCCUGUAGCGGUCCCUCUGCGUCCAGGCCCAGAUGGUGCCAGAGCUAUGACCGGACCUGCAGGCGUGGUGCCGAGGGGUCAUCAGCCAUGGAGCGGCCACCGGAGGAAGCCCCUGCGGGCCGGGAAGAGGAGGAGAAAGAGGAAGUGGCAGAGGCAGAGGGAGCCCCAGAGCUCAAUGGGGGACCAGAGCAUGCCCUGCCUUCCGGCAGCUACACAGACCUCUCCCGGAGCGCCUCGCCCCCCUCGCUGCUGGACCAGCUGCAGAUGGGCUGUGACGGGGCCUCGGGCGGCCUCCACAUGGAGUGCCGUGUGUGCGGGGACAAGGCAUCGGGCUUCCACUACGGCGUACACGCGUGUGAGGGCUGCAAGGGCUUCUUCCGUCGCACUAUCCGCAUGAAGCUGGAGUAUGAGAGGUGCGACCGGAGCUGCAAGAUCCAGAAGAAGAACCGCAACAAGUGCCAGUACUGCCGCUUCCAGAAAUGCCUGGCCCUCGGCAUGUCCCACAACGCCAUCCGAUUUGGCCGGAUGCCCGAGGCUGAGAAGCGGAAGCUGGUGGCAGGGCUGACGGCCAGUGAGGGGAGUCAGCACAACCCCCAGGUGGCCGACCUGAAGGCCUUCUCGAAGCACAUCUACAACGCCUACCUGAAAAACUUCAACAUGACCAAGAAGAAGGCCCGGGGCAUCCUCACGGGCAAGGCCAGCCACACGGCGCCCUUUGUGAUCCACGACAUCGAGACCUUGUGGCAGGCCGAGAAGGGGCUGGUGUGGAAGCAGCUGGUGACCGGCCUGCCGCCCUACAAGGAGAUCAGCGUGCACGUCUUCUACCGCUGCCAGUGCACCACGGUGGAGACGGUGCGUGAGCUCACCGAGUUCGCCAAGAGCAUCCCCAGCUUCGGCAGCCUCUUCCUCAACGACCAGGUCACGCUCCUCAAGUACGGCGUGCACGAGGCCAUCUUCGCCAUGCUGGCCUCCAUCGUCAACAAGGACGGGCUGCUGGUGGCCAACGGCACCGGCUUCGUCACCCGCGAGUUCCUGCGCAGCCUCCGCAAGCCCUUCAGCGACAUCAUCGAGCCCAAGUUCGAGUUCGCCGUCAAGUUCAACGCCCUGGAGCUCGACGACAGCGACCUGGCCCUCUUCAUCGCCGCCAUCAUCCUGUGCGGAGACCGGCCGGGCCUCAUGAACGUGCCCCAGGUGGAGGCCAUCCAGGACACCAUCCUGCGCGCGCUGGAGCUCCACCUGCAGGCCAACCACCCCGACGCGCAGUACCUCUUCCCCAAGCUGCUGCAGAAGAUGGCAGACCUGCGGCAGCUGGUCACCGAGCACGCGCAGAUGAUGCAGCGCAUCAAGAAGACCGAGACGGAGACCUCGCUGCACCCGCUGCUCCAGGAGAUCUACAAGGACAUGUACUGAGGGGCGCCUGCGGGACGGGCCCGGACGGAGGGGGACAGAGGGACUCGCGGGCCCUAGCCGGCCCCGGUACCGCCCUCCCUGGCCCAGACCCCGGCUCCCCUGCUCCCCGCCCGCCUUCUCUCUUCCCCUUUCUCCUCUCACUUCUGUGUUCUUCCUCUUGAGUCCCUUCUCUUGCUUUCUCUGGCCCCCUCCCCCCACCCCACCCCUAACCGGCCCCCCUUUUCUUCCCUCUUUUGGUGAGUUUAUACGGUUUCACCAGCAGCAUAGAACAGGACCUCCGCUUUCGUCCCCGCUGUCCGCGGAGCAGGAGGUGCAGAGAAGGGGGAACCCCCCGACUUCUGCUCCGUCUUCCCAGCAAAGAAACUUGAGCCAUCCAAAGAAACACUAAGCAUUCUGGGCCCGACGCGGGCCUGACUGUGACCCCCCAACUGUGGCAACAUGGCAGCCUCCAGUCACUGGGCCCAGCCCUGAGCAAGGACCAGGAUGGAUGCCACCCCCCAAAGGUCACCACCCCACCCCAAGGCCAGCCCCGGCAUCCCCCCUCCCCCGCCAGGCUGGCCCUACUCCAACAGCACAGCACAGCCCUACGGGCACCCACCCACCACCCUUUCCUCCUGGUGUCCGUCUUCCACGCCAGCGCCACCGAUUGCCCCCUGCGCUGGCCGCUGGGGGCACCCCCAGCCUGGAGAGAGGGUUCCCUCCCGGCGGGGGGGCCCCCACUGAAGAGGAGGCGGGAGGUCGGAGCGGCAGCGCUGCCUGGGGUCAGCCCUCGCCCUCCCUCGGCCACGCUCUCUUCUCUGUGGCGGGAGAUGCUGGCCCAGGCUGGAGCCCCGCUGCGCCUCAGCCCCCCACACUCCCUGCCUGGAGCUGCCACUCCAGUGAGCACUGAGGUCACUUUCCCGCAGGCUGUGCGCCCCGCGCCCCCACCAGCCAGGACUCCCAGGGCCUGGCCGCGCCCCUGCUGAGUCAGCUGAGCACUGGGGGGAGGUGGGAGGGGGGAGCGGACUGGCACAGCACCCUGAUCACUGGCAUCCACUGGUCCCCAUAGCCCUGCUGCACCCGCUUACCCCAGACUCAGCCCAGCUGGUCACCGGGAGCUUGCCCUGCGUGGACCCCGUGACCGUGAUCUUGCACACCCCUCCACCCCCUUACUCCUGGCGGAGUGACUCGCACCCAGGGGAGAGGCCAGUGUCCCAGCAGGAGGGCAGGGAGUUCUCCCAGCCAGGAAAUCCCUAAGGGUUGAGCGCCUGGCCCGGGCCUCCCAGAAACGGGAGUGGGGGCAGGGAAGCCUAAGGGGAGGCUCAGCCCCCACGGAGAUCCCAGCCCAGAAUCCCCACCCGAGCCUCGAGCCUCGCCACUCCCAAGUCCCACCCUCCUAGUCUGCCCCGCCCAGAUUACCCAGGUCCCACCCUCCCAGCCUCGCCCCACCUAGAUUUCCCAGGUCCCGCCCUCUGCCUCGCCCCGCCCAGGUCCUUAGGUCUCCCCCUCUCAGCCUCGCCCCGCCCCGCCCAGGUUUCCCAGGUCCCGCCCUCUCGGCUUCGCCCCGCCCCGCCCAGGUUUCCCAGGUCCCGCCCUUCCAGCUUCACCCUGCCCAGCUUCUGCCCUUAUGGCACUGGCACCUGUCAGGUUCCUCCCCAGGCCCCAAAUCUCUUGCUCCCUGCAAGUCCCCUCCACACGCACCCCGGUCCCCAACUGACCAGGGAUUGGGUCAGGGGUAAGCCCAGUGGGCCAGUGCUGGGGCGGGAAACGACCUGACCUCCCCCUCCCCUUCGUGCGCGCUCCCCGCCCCCCAUCUGGUGCUGAGGAUAGAGCCCUUCUCAGUGUCUGAACAAUCUCCAAAACUGAAAUGUAUAUUUUUGCUAGGAGCCCCAGCUUCCUGUGUUUUUAAUAUAAAUAGUGUACACAGACUGACGGAACUUUAAAUAAAUGGGAAUUAAAUAUUUAAGAGUUGA